GCAGCGUCUCCCGCGCGCAGGCCGCCCCCUGCCGGGCCCCGGGCGCGCUGCAGCCCCUCUUCCCGCCGGGGGCGGAGUCGCCGCCGCUCCGGGCCCCGUCCCCGCCCCCCGACCCCGCGCGCCUCCUCCGGGCGAGCUGCGGGGCGCGGCGCCGUGGGCAGCUGCCAGCCGCCGGGCCGGCGAGGGCCGCGAGUGCGGGGCGCGGGCUCCGGGUCCCGCGGCCGCUGAUGGGAGGCGGAGCCCGCGCGGGCGAGCGGCGGCGCGGCGGCCACCAUGGGGAACAAGCAGACCAUCUUCACCGAGGAGCAGCUGGACAACUACCAGGACUGCACUUUUUUCAAUAAGAAGGACAUCCUCAAGCUGCAUUCGCGAUUCUACGAGCUGGCCCCCAACCUCGUCCCAAUGGACUACAGGAAGAGUCCCGUUGUCCACGUGCCCAUGAGUCUCAUCAUCCAGAUGCCAGAGCUGCGGGAGAAUCCCUUCAAAGAAAGGAUUGUGGAGACGUUCUCCGAGGAUGGCGAGGGGAAUCUGACCUUCAACGACUUUGUGGACAUGUUUUCUGUGCUCUGCGAGUCGGCCCCCCGAGAGCUCAAGGCAAACUAUGCCUUCAAGAUCUACGACUUCAACACUGACAACUUCAUCUGCAAGGAGGAUCUGGAGCUGACGCUGGCCCGGCUCACAAAGUCGGAGCUGGAUGAGGACGAGGUGGUGCUUGUGUGCGACAAGGUCAUUGAGGAGGCUGACCUGGACGGUGACGGCAAGCUGGGCUUCGCUGACUUCGAGGACAUGAUCGCCAAGGCCCCUGACUUCCUCAGCACUUUCCACAUCCGGAUCUGAGGACAUGGCCGAGGCUGCAGGGGCCUGGAGUCCACCCUCCUGCCCUGCGGUCACGUGGGCAUGGCCUCCAAGCUCCCCGGGCACGCGGUGGCAGCCUCUGGGGUUGAUACCACGAAUAUUUCCUGUGGCCCUUUCAGCAAAAAAACUAACCAGGAAGGGGGCGUGUGAGGGUUAGGACCCUUCCCACAGCCCCGCUGGGGCCCCGCCCCAGGCCCUCCGCACCCCCAGUCCUCUUCCCGUCCAGAAGUGCCCCCCAGCUCCCAGCGGCAGAGGCAGAUCAACCGACCGGCCGUGGUGGGGUCUGCUGCGUCCCAGUGCUGGCGGACACCCUGGUCACCCAGGACAGAGGGCCAAAAAAAGAAGAAGAGGUCAGGGUUUUAACGAGCUAUGCAAUUUUUUUCCAAAACCCAAGGCUGGGCUGCCCCCCACCGCUGCCUGGGCCCGAGGGCUCUUGCCCCUGGCGCUGCCUCUGGGUCAUGAGGACCACCCUGCCUGCCCUCCCCAGCACCAUGGGAUCCUCACUGGUGUGUGCUGUCCACAGAUUUGUGAACUCCUGGUAAUAAAACACCUUUGCAUCCCUGUGUU